AUGGGAGCGUCAUGUUGCAAGCCAGAGGCUAUUGACUUCGAGGGCGAAGUCAACUUGUUCCACUUCUACCUGCUCCGAAGUGUCGGGAAAGGAGCCUUCGGAAAGGUCCGAGUCGUCCAGCACAAGCACACCAAGACUCUGUACGCGUUGAAAUACAUCAACAAGGCGAAAUGUGUCAAGAUGAAGGCUGUGGCCAAUAUCGUGCAGGAGCGGAGAUUACUAGAGGAGAUCGACCACCCGUUCGUAGUGAAUAUGCGGUAUGCGUUCCAGGACGAUGAGAAUUGUUUCUUUGUGCUGGACCUAAUGUUGGGAGGUGAUCUGAGGUUCCACCUCGACCGCGCAGGGGCGAUGAACGAGGAGACUGUCCGAUUCUACAUUGCGGAAAUAGCUAUGGCUGUCGACUAUCUGCAUUCCAAACGGAUAGUGCACCGCGAUUUGAAGCCAGAUAAUAUCCUCCUCGACGAAAGAGGACACGCCCACAUCACCGACUUCAACAUCGCCGUUCACUUUUCAGAAAGAAGAUUGUUGACGGGCGUGGCGGGGAGUAUGGCAUAUAUGGCGCCAGAGGUAUUGACCAAGCGGGGAUAUUCGGCGCCGGUGGACUUUUGGAGCUUGGGCAUAUUGGCCUACGAAUUGCUUUUCGGGAAACGACCAUUCCGCGGCCGAACAAAUACAGCUUUGACCAACUCGAUCCUCCACGAGCCGCUCAAUUGGCCAGAUGAUGCGGCGGAGCGAUGCUCGAGCUCGAGUAUGCAGGCGGUCCGAGGGUUUUUGGAGCGGGAUCCAAACAAGCGGUUGGGGUACCGACCAGGAGGUGGCGGAUUCGAGGAUAUCAAAUCACAUCCGUGGUUCAAGGGGAUCAAUUGGAAUGCGCUUCAUAACAAAGAGGUCGUGCCACCUUUUGAGCCCGAUUCCAAACGAGCAAACUUUGACGCCACGCAUGAGCUGGAAGAGCUUCUGCUCGAGGAGAACCCGUUGAAGGCUCGGAAGCGGAAAGAAGGGCAAGAUGUGGAGAUGAUGAGCCCAGAAAUGCGGAUGAUGGAGGAUCAUUUCAAGAUCUUCGACUUCAGUCGAGCCCAGCGCCGGUCAUACUACACCCCCACCUCCGGCAACCCGCAAACCACCUCUUCCGCCACAGCCGCUACCGGCUCCACCGCCGUCUCCAACCCCCAAUAUCCCCAGCUUGACACCAAAGCGCUCGACAGCCUCCAAGCGCCAUCGCCUGCUCGACCUGGAACUCCAACAGACCGGACGGGCGUAGUCAGCCGGACAGGUCUGGAUGUGGAGGCGCAAAUCCUGGACGGAGGGGGUAUGGCGAAUAUGGGCGGUAGGGGCGGAUGGCGCAAGUCGGAAAUCGGGGUAAAUUCAGCGGGCUCGGCGGUCAGCACGCCUGUGAGGGAGAAGGAUAGGGAGGAGUUGGCGCCUCUCGCGGAAGGCAGGCAGAUCAGGCAGCCAACGCCGUUGAGGGUUUCGUCAACGUGA